AUGGACAAUUUUCAAAUUUACGAAGAGAUUGGCAAAGGAAGCUCAUCGGUGGUGUAUAAGGGAAGGAAACGAAAAACAAUAGAAUAUGCGGCCGUAAAAUGUAUUGAAAAGCACCACAAACAAAAGGUGUUCAACGAAGCAAAAGUGUUGAACAUGCUAUCUCAUACAAAUGUUUUGAAAUUUCAUAGUUGGUAUGAAACAACCAAUCAUUAUUGGAUAAUAGUUGAGUUUUGUACCGGAGAUUUGAUGACAUUAAUAUCCCAAGAUCAAAAAUUGCCGGAAGAAGCAAUCCAUUUAUUUGCUCUUGACAUUGUCAACGGACUUCAAUAUGUACAUUCGAGAGGUGUUGUAUACUGUGAUUUGAAGCCAUCAAACAUUUUAAUUGAUGGAUGUGGUAUUUUGAAAUUAAGUGGCUUCGGAUUAUCAAAAUUGAUGACAGAAAUUGACCAAAGUUUAUCAUCUCCAUUAUCAACUCCUCCAACAGCCACAUCAGCAUCGGAAAAACCAAGUGAUGGAAAGUUGAAACGAGGAACUCUUUGCUAUACUGCCCCUGAACUGUUGCUGGGAGGAUUUCAUUCUGUGUAUUCUGAUUUUUGGUCUUUAGGCUGUAUUCUCUAUGAGAUGGCUUCGGGAAAGCCACCCUUUGUUGGCUCUUCUCCAGAGCAGACUAUGGAAUUAAUUUUGAAUUCCGAACUAAAACCUAUCGAAAACUGCAGCGAGGAACUAAAUGAUUUAAUUAAGACUCUACUCCAGAAAAAUCCAUUGGACAGAAUAACAUGGGACGAAUUGAGAGAGCAUACGUUUUGGAAAGAAAAAAUAGUGGCUCCUCCUGAGGAAUUAAGGAAGCACCUACAUCCUCUCCUGUUUAUCUCAAUGGAGUUAAACUUAUUUAUUCAAAAACUUCCAAAAGCGAAAAUGUAA